UUAUCUGGGGACUGACAGAAUGCUCAACCUUCAGCCCCGGGCUUCAGCAAAAAGGUUACUUACUCACCAAGCAAGAUGGGUCGGUUAGAUGUGCACCACCUUCUGGAAACUGGGAAAGGAACCGAGCUCAGGCUUUGCUGGGUUCAAGUCAGAUCUGCUUGCAGACCCGAUUUGAAACCCACCCUUUGAGGGUGAGGGGCUACCUCUGAGAAUAGGAGAGUGGAGGCCCACGGCUAGCGUGGGGGCGGAAGGAGGGUUCAUCUGAGGACAGCAAUGGAGGCCCAGAGCUUCUGGAGGUCACAACUGGAAGGAACGGACCUGAGCACACAGUAUUGGGAUCAGACCUCUUCCCUGCUGCAGAGGUAAGAGCAGGGAGCCUGGCGAGCUUCCCAAGGUGCGCCUCCCUCCAGCCUCCUGCCUCCGCCUGGCGCUUUCCUGGUGGGUCUGUGCAGCGCCCUCCCCAGCAGUGGAUCUGGCAACUCCCGGUUUGGGACCCACCGACCUGGCGGGCUCCAGCGGAGCCAGUAGGUGACGGCGCGUCACAAAGGCGGCGGUGGCCUUGGCCGCUGCGAGGGCAGGGCGCUGCCCAGGUUGCUCUCAGAGUCGGCGUGGGAGCAGCAGCGCGGGCGGAGGGGCAGGCGCGCUCGGCGUCCCUGCAGCCCAAGCGGGGCGCAGCGAGUUGAGAACACGUGAUUGUAUUUCUUUCCCCAUUUUGGGAAGCCCUGCUCACCACACUGCUACACUGUACAUCCGGGUCCUUUGAUGGACGAAGAAGGUGAAGUGACCCAGCCCCAAGAGCAGAGUUGCUGGGCCACUCUGCCAGAUGUGUGCCUGCGACGUAUUUUCUGGUGGCUAGGAGACAGGGACAGGUCCAGAGCUGCCCUGGUCUGCAGAAAGUGGAACCAGAUGAUGUACUCAGCUGACCUCUGGCGAUACAGGACCAUCACGUUCAGUGGGAGGCCAUCCAGGGUACAUGCAUCUGAAUUCGAGUCAGCGCUCUGGUACGUUAAGAAGUUUGGCCGCUACCUGGAACACUUGGAAAUCAAGUUCCUGAACCCUUACAAUGCUGUCUUGACCAAGAAGUUCCAAGUCACCAUGAGAGGCCUCCUGUCGUGCCUCGGCAAGAGUAACAACCGCCUAAAGUCACUCUCUAUCCAACACCUGGAGCUGGACCGCCUGGUCUGGAGAAACAGCAUCAGGGGCUCGCUCAUCAAGAGCUUGAGUUUUUUCUUAAAGAAAAUGGGCAAACACCUGGACCAUCUCAGCCUGAAAGGGGCCCGGCUGACAGUGGAGCAAGGCUGCCACAUCCUCAACUCCUUGAGCUACCUUCGGAAUGAGAACUUGGCCUCAGAGCUCAACAUUGAGGACUUCUUCAGCCAUCACCUGGCCGUCUAUGGCAGCGCCCAGUUCAACAAGGCCAUGGCUACAUUCCACAACCUGACGUUCCUAACACUCAACUACAACUGUAUCUCCGACGAGCUGCUCGAGACCUUGAGUGAGAACAAUGCUGGCACCCUCCGGACCAUGAAUAUCAAAUGCCACGUUCACGACCCCCACGGCCAGGUAGUUUGGGGCAUGUCCUGGGCCAAGCUGGCCAGGCAGGCCAGCAACCUAAAGGUGAACUUCUUCUUCGAGCGAGUCAUGAAGUAUGAGCGCCUGGCCCGGAUCUUGCUGCAGGAGAUUCCAGUCAGAAGCAUCAGCCUAAGAAGUUGCUAUUUCAGUGACCCAGACUGGUCCAUGCGGCCCACUCUGACAGACAUUCUGCCCUUCCGGAACACCCUGCAGAAGUUAACAUUUGAGUUCAACAACAAUCACGAGUCGCUAGAUGAGCAGCUACAUCUCCUCAUCCUGGCUUGCCGAAAGCUGUUCUACUUCAAGAUCUGGGCUUUCCUGGACGUUAAGUUUGUGGAGCGAAUUCUGAAGAGCCAGGAGGAGGGGCAGUGCUCCUUGCGCACGCUAAAGGUGAGAAUUUAUACAAACCGAUAUGAGACAAAUGAAGAGGACAGGACCCUACGGGAAAUUUACAGGAAAUACAGAAAGCUGAUCGAUUCAGAACUCAACUAUUUUGUCAUCGCCUACCCCAUGAUGUAAAGAGUGCUCUCCAGAGGAAGACAUCUAGACGCACUUGGGACCUGAAAACCUGGUUCUCGGUGAAUUACAUUUGGGACUCGCAUGCCCUCAUCCCUUUUUCUUCUCUCUCCUUUUUGCCAGUUCUACACCAUCAUGAACAGCCUGGCAAAGGCUGGACUGCUGGUGACGGCAAGGCCCCCGAGCGUCUUUAAAGUGCUAUCUUUGCCAACAA